GGUCCGAUUGAUUUCCUCGCCGGAUCAACCCGAAAGAACGCGCCUUCAACCGGGACAUUUCCUUAUUGGAACAUGUGAAGUGCCGGUUGACUACUGGACUCUGGAUCGUUCCUUUGCGACCAGAUUACUCCACGAGAUUGAGGAAGAAUAUUGUAUGCUAUUUUUCUCCAUUCUAAGCCAGAAGAUGGACUACGUGCACUUGCGCACAAGGGUUCCCGUCACGUCAUCUGAAAUCGUAGAAAUGUUCCAUCGGAAAAGACAGCGAUGUUUCGGAAAUCGUCGUUUCGAUGAUUCGGGAAAUCCGGAAGAUGAUGAACCAAAGCGGAAAACGCCGGGCGGCGAGAUGGGGCGCGCUUUGGCGUUGCCUGUGGAGGUGCUGAAGGAGGUCUUCUUUUCACUGGACACCGUCGAUCGACAGCGCUGCCGGCGCACCUGUCAACUGUGGGAAACCCUUCUCACUUCGGCGGAGCUGUGCAGAGAUGUUCACGCUUCAUGUAUCCAUCGCGCCUUUUCACCGCAUUUGGCGAAGAAAUGGAACGGUAAUUAUGUCGUAUACAACUGUCUCUUCAAGUACAUUUCUCGGGAUACGGAAACCGUCUGCAUCCACGACACCGAUGUGAACUGCAGCAAUUAUAGCGAUUUGAGUAAGGUCGAUGAGGCCUUGAAGUUGAUUAAACAUGCGGCCGACAAAGCCGGUAUCCGUGUUCAGCGUAUAAUUAUGCACCGCUGCUCGCUGACGAUCGACUAUCCGUUGAUAUUGAAACAUGGAUUUUCCACGAUGGCCGCGCUGCGUUCUAGCCUGUCGACUGUCUGUGACCGUCUGAUCUGGAAAGAUCAGUCCUUGCAGCAAAGAGAGGAGAGCGGGGCGACGAUACUUCUCGAAUUUCGUAUUCCUUUUGAGGUUUUUAUCUUAAGCAAUGCAGACGAAGCGCAGAUCUGGGAAGUGGCGGAGAAGCAUCUGCUCUGCAGCGGACCGGCGCUGGAUAUGGAGCGCAUUGCACAGUAUAUUGCCAAAGGCCACUUUGCGCACAUCCAAGCGAUUCUACAAGCAUAUGAAGGAACUGACCCGCGUUCCUCAGCGUACAGCCACGGAGUAUUGAUGACGGAGGACGACAUCGCCAACGUGGACGUACGCAAGCUGAACAAGUUGUGCUUGCAUGCCCUCUGGUACUAUGUGAAAUAACGACGUUUGGUCCUACGGUACCUUUUUGUUCUUGUACUGGAGCGGCUUAAUUCGAACUUGUUUUUCGUUUUUUAAGUACAUACGACUACAAAAUUUAAUUAACGCCGAACAAAGCUAACUAGGCAUUACUAAUAAUCUCGCCAAACUGACUGGAAA